CCAAGAGUGAGUCAGGAAGACCCAUGACCAAUGAUCCCAACGAAACAUGGAUUACACGCAUCUUCAAUUACAGAUGCUACAUCACCUUCCUUACUGGCUUCUACAGUUGUGACUGGGCAUACGAAGAGUGGGAUAAAACGGAACUUGGAUCCUGUUGCUGCUCUCGGAUAGAGCAGGUGUUCUUUGUGUGCCUGGUAAUUUCAUUUUGCGUCUCCGUCACUUUGCUGUUCUUGUGGAUAGAAACCUCCAAUGAAUACUUUGACUUUGACUGGGUUGUUCAUCUAGGAACGGGACGUUGGUUCUACUGGUCCAUUUUAAUGCUGAGUUUAACUGGAAUCAUGACUGCCUAUACUUCAUUGUUGUUGGUACUUGGAUUUUUGUUGCUCUGGGAAAGGAUGGAACUGUUCCUGCAUGCCUGUCAUAAAGUCCUGAUUUGGCUAGUGAUUAUACUGUGUGUCUUUCUUAUGGCUAUUAUAUGCAAAUUCUGGCGUGACAAGUGGCUGAUAGCUGGGCUGUCAUUGAAGAUCUUCGCUCCCUAUGUGCACCUGUGCGGCAUAGCUGUGAUGUCCAUCAUCUCCUGGCCUCUAUCAUUCUAUGUGUCCCGUUUGGAAGCAGAAAUUAGACUAAGAAGAUUCAAGAUGACAUGUUUCGAGGUGCAAAAUGAAGAGGAAACUGAUAUAUUCAGAAGGUUAAGAGCUCUACAAGUGGCUGUUGCAUUUCCCUUUUUACUUCUUCUCAUAUGUCUGUAUUUGUUGCCACUUGGGAUUUAUUCUCCUUGCAUUCAGAAGACGGAGGAUUUGGGGCCUAGGCCUGUCUUUAUUGCACACAGAGGUGCACCAAUGGUAGCACCAGAAAAUACCAUGAUGUCCUUUGAGAAGGCCGUUGAAUUUGGUGCCUAUGCUCUGGAGACUGACGUAUACUUAAGUUAUGAUCAUGUGCCUUUCCUCAUGCAUGACCAUGACCUGAGUAGAACAACCAAUAUCAAGGAAGUCAUGCCAAAUGCCACCUAUAACCACUCUGCCUUCUUCAGUUGGCCUUUGCUGAGAACUCUGAAUGCUGGCAAAUGGUUUGUAGAGAAUCUGCCCUAUUACAAUAUGAAACCUCUGUCUGAGGAAGACAAAAGGAGAGCAAGAAAUGAGACAAUUCCAAAACUAGUUGAUUUAUUGGAACUUGCGAAGAAGGAAAGGAAGUUUUUGAUAUUUGAUCUUUUUGGCCCUCCACCAACACAUCCUCUCAGAAACGGAUAUAUCCGCCAUGUAGUAGAUCUGAUCCUCAAGUCUAAGAUUGAGCAGCAUCUGAUACUUUGGCUGCCAGUUUAUGAUAGAGAAUAUGUAAAACAGGUGGCUCCUGGUUUUCAGCAAGUGGGCCGUUUUCUGUCCGUUGAAAAACUUGCAGAAGAAAAUAUCAAGAUGAUUAAUGUUGACUACAAGAAGUUAUUCUACAAUGGGUUGAGAGAAUAUAAAGCAGCUAAUAUUAACAUCAACUUAUACAUCAUCAAUGAGCCAUGGCUUUUCUCACUGGCAUGGUGCUCCAAGAUCAACUCAGUGACCACAGACAACAUUCCACUCCUGAGUCAGAUGAGUUACCCCUACUUCUUCAUGACACCAGGAUACUACAUGGGCAUAUGGCUUCUCGUGGAUUUUACUUCUGCAGUUAUCAUUACCGCCAUAUUUUGUUUCCACUGGUGGAGAGAAGCUGAAAAGGAAAAAAUGCGGGAAGUCUGCGAAGCCUCAGAGACCGCCAGCCUGCAGGAGAAACCCACACAGCCUCCUGAUCGAAUUGGGGAAAGUCCUUGGAUUAUAAACCCCCCAAACAAGGGCUCAAAGAAACCACCAUCUGUGAAGGACAAUGUUAAAACAGAUGCCGCAAAUGCUCCAAAGCCUCCCGUGACAGAGUCCUCCAAAGAUACCAAUACGUACUAUUCCACCUUCUCCGAGACCUCUCAAGAGCCACGUACAAAGUAGUAGCAGCCAUACCUUGCCACCCUUCUUUCUUUCCAAGCCUAAGGGUAUUAGGGUAAGAAGUAGUCAAGAAGGCAAAAUGGAAGAGCCUUGGGGAGAAUCAUUCUGGUCCAGCCACUCUAUAAAGAAUUCAUCUCAGUAGGAUGGGGAAACAGUGAUGUGUGAUCUUGGAGUAUUAAGGGGUUGUCUCAUCUUAAUACCUCUGUUGUAGUUCCUGCUAAGUGACUGUGGUGGGCAUCUAAUCCUAACUACUCAGGAGGCUAAGAGCUCUCUGGGUGACCUUCACCCAUGGACAAUCCCUCUCUGGGCUUUGGCCUUUCUCCUUGGUAUGACGGCAUAAGGCAGACUACCCACAGCACCUUCCUCCUGGUCCAGAUUUAUCCACACUGUGGACUCGCAGGCAUGUUUCCUCAGAGAGCCACAUCAUCAUUCCAGAAAGCAAAGCUGCUACUCACACACACCAGGAGGUCAGGGAAGAGCACUCCCUUUGUAGGAGCGGGGGUCUGCUCAGGUGCACAGAGGUGGAUGGCCCUCCUGAAGUAUCAAGGAAAUCUCGAGAGUGGCUGGUAAACACUCACACCCCUCUAUGCUAGACACAUAAGGAUUUAACCUAACUGGUGCUAAGAUUCUUGGACAUGUACCGUCUUAUAAGCCAAGAAGUUUCUAACAAGGUACAAGGGCCAUCUGGCUCUGCUGGCCCUAGUUACAGGAGCCAGAAGCUGAUUCCAGCCCAUGCCCACUCAAACUGAUCUCCCACACCGAUCAUCUGGCCCCUUGAGAUACUUGCAAAGCAUAUCCAGGGCUCAAACACUCCUAACCACAAACCUAGAUCAGGCAGGCUCAGACACA